AUGCCAUUCACAAAAUUCGCCGAGCUCCCUGCCGAGCUCCGCCUCAAAAUCUGGGAUGAAGCAACAGCCGGACCGUCAAUACACAUCUUUGAUGUCUGUUUCCCGUCCUGGCGCGGCACUGAUCGAAGCAGCCGGGCUUUCCAAUCCGCAGACGGCAGAAUUAUAGAAGAUAACUACGCUAGAUGGACAAAGUACAGAGAGAUGCGACUAGUGUGCUCUGAAGCCUCGGCGGCUGUGGAGAGGCGGUUGAGGGGGAGGAAUACGAACUCAGUCUACCUCCCCGGUCGAAACCAGAGGAUACAUUACGACAACGAAGAAGACGUGCUGCUGUUGCGGUUCGGAGACGGCGGUGCCCUCACAGACCUCAGCCACGGAGUCUUAUUUGGCGAAUAUGAGGCGUCGGGAGUGAACAGCUUGACCGAGGUGCUCGAAGGGCCAUGGAGCGCCGAGAUCGCGGAGACGUUACGUGAUGCGCGACUCAUCGCUUUGGAUAUUGCGGAGACGUGGACGCCGGCAACGGUUGGGGCGGUACUGUUCGAAGAGGUGGCGUAUCUGGCGUGUUGUAUACAACGGGGACUCCGAGUGCUGUAUCUGGUUGACCACUGCCACGGCCGAUGUGUCCGGUGCAAGAAGCAGGACAUCACGAGAUCUCGGCUCCAGACCCGCGGCGAUCUACAUGACCAGCUCCACAGUCGACACAAAGAUGCGGCUAGAUCGCGGACAGCGGACGUGAUCCACGGCGUGGGGAAGACGUACCGGGAGGUGUUCGAUUUGGAGGGCAUGGGUUGGUCUGACGAGCACCCGAUCUACGUGUUUGCGAGGGUCAUGGACGAGAUGAUUAGGAGCCAGCAGGCAGACGCGGAUACGCAGGACUUUGAAGGAAUCAGGGUGUUGCUGGUGGAAGACGAUGAGUUGGAGGGCGUGGACACCACGACUAUGAUGGACUGUUAUCCGGACGGCCGUUCGGAGGAAGUAACCAAUGAGGAUAUGAACAUGAGCUUGCGGUAG